GUCAUAUUCGAUUGUUCACACCCCGCGUUCACAUCAGUCACUAUGUGAAUAAUUCAAAUAACAAAAAUUGUGAAUUGUAUUCCAGAAUUCUAAUCUUUUGUGUUAAUAAUAAUUAUUAUUUUUGGUUAUUGCUGUAGUAUUUCAAUAAGAUAACUAUUGUGACAUUUGUGUUUUUAAUAAGAAAAAUGAUUCGCAGCCUAGGAAAAUUUUGGGAGUUUGGUGGUGGUCGAAUGGUGAUAGCAGUUAUAUGUGCACAUUCGGUAUCAAUAUCGAUAGGCAUUUGUCAAAGUUAUAGCGCAAUACUCCUUCCCCAACUCAAGGUCAGUGAAAAAUACCGAAAUUUGACUGAAGAUGAAACAUCUUGGAUAGCUAGUUUGGGAACAAUAACGAAUCCGGUUGGCUCAAUACUGUCGGGCGUACUGGCAGAAUACUUCGGAAGGCGAAGAUCAAUUCAAAUAUCGAGUCUUCCGUUUGUACUGGGAUGGAUUUGUCUUGGUUUGGCCCAAAACAUCAACUGGUUGUAUGCUGGUAGAUUGAUUACUGGAGUAGCAGCAGGAAUGUCCACAGCGUGUUACACCUAUGUGGGAGAGAUUUCAACACCAGAGUCAAGAGGUUUCAUGCAGGCACUGGGACCAAUAUGCACCUCUUUCGGCAUCGUCCUUACAUAUACUUUAGGCUAUUACAUGGAUUGGGCUAAAGUUGCUUACAUCAGUAUAGCUUUUGGUAUUUUCUCAGUCAUUGCCAUAGAAUUCAUUCCGGAGAGUCCUGCCUAUCUGUUGAAGCAAAAUAGAGUUACCGAAGGAUUUGACGUUCUUUUAUGGUUCAGACGAAAUAACGCUUUGGCGCAACAAGAAGUUGACAGGUUCCAUGAAAAUGAAAAAUUGAAUAGGAGUAAAACCAUCAGUUUCAGAGAAAUGUACUUUGGCCCUCAGAAUGUUAAACCUUUUCUGAUCCUAGUUGGAUUAUUUUUUCUGCAAGAGUUCUCUGGAAUCUACACUUUGUUAUUUUAUGCAGUAAAUUUUUUCAAAGAGAGCUCUGUAGAUAUUAAUGAAUAUGUGGCGUCGAUUAUUGUUGGCGCUAUUCGUUUCUCAAUGUCGGUUAUACUAGCGUAUUUGAUAAAUAAAUCGGGAAGGAAAAUAUUAUGUACAAUGUCAAGUAUUGGAAUGGCUGUGACUAUGCUGAUAGUAGCUAUUUAUGUCAAAUAUUACGAAGUGAACUCUGAUCAAACUAAAAUUCUCAGUUAUCUUCCACUAAUAGGAAUCAUGUUGAACGUGGCCUUCAGUAUGAUUGGAAUGCUCCCAGUACCAUGGGUCAUGGUAGGAGAAAUGUUCUCAAUUCAAGUGAGACCAAUAAUGAUGGGUGUAGUUAUUUGUAUAGCUCAAAUAUUCAUUUUUAUUUGUGUGAAAAUUUACAAUAAUAUGAAUACGGCUUUGCAUUUCAGUGGAACCUUGAUGGUUUUUGUUGCAGCUUCUAUAAUAUCAGCAAUAUAUUGUAAAUUCGUUCUUAUUGAAACUCAUAACAAAACUCUGGAAGAUAUUGAAGCUUAUUUUAGAAAUGAAAGAAGGGAAAUGACAGGGAUGGAUAAUAGGGGAUUUGAUGACAGGUCUGAAAGUUCAGAUAAAGUAAUAGCUGAAGUGAAAGUGGAAAGUUAGUGUUCACUAGAAAAUUUUGUGGCAAUUGUGAUUCCUAUUUUUGAAGAAAACAUCAGUUUUGUCUGUUUUCGUGAAAAGUAGUUCUCAUAGAACAAGUAAUUUAUUUUGUUGAAAUAAAGAAUAUUUUGUUGAAAAA